AUGACAAGAAGAAGUCCAAGUUUUGGUCGGUUUCGAUUGGGAUCUCUAGCACUAGUAUGCUGUUCCUUUUUCAGUACGAUCCUACUACGAGCCGCAGUGACAACGUCCACCACUACCACCAGUGGUAGCAGUUCUCACUCGGCCCAUUUUGAUGCUUCCAAUGGAAACGUGGUGAGCGUCGAGAAUGAAAAUGUUCAGAUGCGACUGACGCUCCGCCAAGACAUUCUGGAUCGAGCUCCUUCCAGUCAGUUGACCUUCUCCCAAGUCGAAGUCAUGAAUAUGCACACUAGUGAUUCCGUCACUAUCACAUCCAUCCAAACCACACCCGAAGAAACACUACUGAUCCGCUAUGAUCCUCAAGAUGACCAACAAACAAACCAGCAGCAACCACCACCACACCAGUGGAUGAUGAUCAAGAUAUAUUUGCUUCUUCCACAACCAGCAGCAGUAGUAGUAGCUGGGAUCAACGAUCUAUACCCCAACAAAUCCAUACUGCCUCUUCCCCACCAGGAAAAGCUAUUGUACUACAACCGGGACAAAUAG